AUGGCUACAUUCGCGUUGGAGCAACUGAACUUUUUCAAGUUCUCAUCUGUCGUACUUGAUGAAUUUCCACUCGUCCUCCGCCAUGUUUUUGUUCACUUGUGGGACAAUCAAGUCGCUCCAACACCGGGCUUUCAAAAAUGGGACGACUCACCUGUGGUUCGAAACAUGUUUCUCUGUAAGGAGGGUGGAAAGACAAAAUAUGUUCUAACCAGUAAAUCAUAUCAUGAGUGGGACUGCACAGCGCUGUUUGAAGCCACUCUCUAUGCUCAAAGUUUUGCCAUGCCUGACGGGAGUGGAGUCUUGGCUACUUUAGACAAACUGUACGUGAAGCCGCGUCGUUUACCGAGUGGAACAUUUCACCCUGUCAUUUCAAGCCCUUCUGGAAACCAGACCGAGACGUUUGCGUUAUCGUUGGACCAGCUCCGUCUGCUACGCAACACACUCUUUCACCAGACAAGCACCCAAAAGAUUGACAAGACAACUUUUGAUCAUUACCUACAGCUGGCAAGAGAUGUAUUUUCUGCACUUGGACAAGACACAACAAGGAUUGAUGAGAUCGGGAAGCUUAAAGAAGAAGACUUUCCUACUUCCAGGCUUCAAGAGUUAGAGGAAGAGUUAAAGAAAGAAAAGGAUGCUGCCGUCAAGUUCAAGCAAAUCAGUGAUCACCUCGUCCAGAUCGAGUCUCAAAUUAAAACUGUUGGAUCAGAUGUAAAAACGGCAGCAACAGAGGUGCAGUUAAAAGUGGAAGAAGUCGCGUCCGACGUUAAAAUGGCUGUAACGGAAGUACAGAAUAAAGUGGAAGAAGUAGGGUCAGACGUAACAACUGCAGUAACAGAUGUGGAAAAGAAAGUGGAAGAAGUCGCGUCAGAUAUGAAAACGACAGUAACAGAUAUGCAGAAUAAAGUGGAAGAAGUGGGGUCAGACGUAACAACUGCAGUAACAAAUGUGAAAAAGAAAGUGGAAGAAGUCGCGUCAGAUAUGAAAACGGCAGUAACAGAUAUGCAGAAUAAAAUGGAAGAAGUGGGGUCAGACGUAACAACUGCAGUAACAGAUGUGGAAAAGAAAGUGGAAGAAGUCGCGUCAGAUGUGAUAACUACGGCAAGAGAUGUGCGUACGAAAGUGGAAGAGGUCAGGUCAGAUGUAGAAAAGGAAGCUACAGCUGUUAAAACUCAAGUGUAAAACGUCGGUUCAGAUAUUAUGGCAAAAGUUGAACAUGUAGGGUUGGAACUAGCUGACGUAAAACAAGCAGUGCAGGCGGGAAUCACAAAAGGUAAGAGUAGCAAUGCUUGUUUCUAUCAGUAUGCGAAAAAAUAGCUGACUUGGAUUCGUAAUGAUCCACAUGAUCUUCAGCUUCGUGAAGGAAACUACUUGGCUAGUUUUGCACGCAUACAUUCCCUUUCAUAUACAUGUAAAAAUAACUGCAGAAGUGGAAACGAAUUGGUUGUGCUGUAGCACUCUACUACGCAUGCUUCCAAACAUAACAUACUCAACAGUAUCCAGAAAAAACAGAACAGGUUUGCACACUUAGGCCACUUAAGGCAUGACUAUCUUAUUAAAUAUGCAUAUUUUGAUAAAAUGCUCUGUAGAACGGUUUGCUUCUAUUAAUAGGGAACUUAAGAACCACGACGACGACUUUGUCGACGACGACCGGAAGUGAGAUACCGUGCACUGCGCAAGCGCGGUUAACAAAUUUCGUCGUCGUGGUGUCGUCGACGACGCCAAACACAGUAGACUCACGUCGUCCUGCAAUCCACAAGCUUCGGCAGGUAUAACUCCCUGUUUUUAAGCGAUUUUUCAAGGGCUUUGUAUUUUUUCACCUCGUAAAUCCAGGUAUCCUUUCUUUUUUCUCCUAACAAGCGAUGUUGAUUGAAAAUUUGACUGAUGAAUUGUGUUUACUUCGAAGACAACACUGAGCUGUGCAGGCCGAGCGAGCGAACCCGUAAGUGACAAAUUUAUUUGUACGUAUUUAGGUCGGGCAAAUCAUAUAUCUUUAAUAUAGAGGAAUGAAGUUCAUAUGGAAAACAGCCAUCGCAUCGGAAUGUCUCUUUUUCCAAAUCUAAACUCUGACAGACGCUCGGACUCGGUCAUGUCAUUCAGGUUGAAAGUUGAAUAACCUUCGUACGGAAAGCAGAGAUUUUUCCAUUCGAAAAGGUCAGACAACACGAAAAAUUCUUCAUCGUCAAUGAAAGUAGACGUACGGCUUAUAAAAUAAGAUCUUGCAUCGUCUUAAAAGACGCCUUUGCGAAAAAACUUUGUUGCGAACGAACAUCACAGUCUACAUGUUUGUUUACAUUCAGUGUCGUCGUGUCAUCUUUUUUCACGCCGAAACUGACGUUCUCGUACCAGUCCUUUCCCAGUCAACAGACGUCGUCGUCGUGAACUUCGUCGUGGUUCUUAAGUUCCCUAAUGAUUCUCAGUAAAAUUACACUACAAAUGUAGCUUAAGAAACGGUCCAGAUAAGAACGAUAGCAACAACGGCAACGAACAUUUUGGAAUGCAAAAAAGGUGCUAACUUUUCUAUUGUCUGUACUUACUUCUGAUUGGCUUAAACAGCAAAAGUUAACAAAACUUCAUAAAGCAGUACAUAUAUUCAUCCUUACUUUCCAACCAUCUUCCAUAUAACAAAAUCUGGUCUCAGUUUGAAUAACAAAGAAAUUCUAUGUGGGGAACAUGUAAAAUUGUAAACUUUUCUUGGCUAUUGUUUUCAACUCUUGUGAUUGGUCAAAAUCUUUUAACACAAAAAAACACCCUUUCAAAGUGGAGUGUAAAUGCAUUUUAUUGCGUAAACGGCCUUCAUGUAGGUUUAGUUUAUGCAUUCUCUGUGUAAAAAUGAGAACAUUCCUAUGUGGGGAAAGCACCGUUGCCGCAUAACAAAAGAAAUUGCUAUACACCUUACCCGGAUCAUUACUUUUAAUAGCCAUAGCAAUUUGAGGCAUUUUAGAAGCUCAAAUUUUCGUCGCAUGACUGGUAAUUGAGAAUUAACGAUCAAAAUAUUUACUCUUAAAUGGGUAAAGGAUAAUAAAAGAGUAACAAGUUAAUUUAGGUACAUUUUAAAGGCCAAUAAAAUGGUUCUGAAAAAUUCGCCUAGAAAAACAUGUUUUGUGACGUCAUUGACGAAGCAAUGUCAUGUGUAAUUUGAAAUCACGUGUCACAUGUGUUUUUCGUUGAGCCAAAUUUGUAGUUCACGUUUCAGGAUCACUGAUUCUUACUAAAAUGCAUAUUUAAUUAGGUAGUCAUACCUUAAGUGGCCUGAGAAUUCCAAGAAGAACUCGCCUUUUUAAGUUAACUUAGAAAAACCGCAAAUUACGGCCCGAGAGUUUAGCAUUCUUCUUCGUUAACCUUAGAAUAGAUUUUUCAGCAAAAUCUGACGAUGGUAGCCACUAGUAAUUUAUCAUUAUCAGAACGAUCAACCUGGCGCUGUUAUGUAAAAUACUAUCUUUUUCACUUUAUCAUUAAUUGCAAAUUAAAGGAAUGAUCAUUCGCCGCAUUAACACUUGCCUGUAUUUUCUCUCUAAGAUGUAUUUGUACCCGACUCUUCUAUACGUAUAGGUAAUAGCAUGAUUUGUAGUGAUAUUUGGCAUAAAUACCACGAGUGAUGUUUCGAAAUUGUUAUACGUAAUUUCACGAGCCGUUAGGCGAGUGAAAUUUGAGACAAUUUUGAAAUAUCACGAGUGGUAUUUAUGCCAAAUAUCAUGUACAAAUCAUGCUAUUAUUUGUUUAUACUACUACCCACAAAGGGUUUGUAAUUUUCACAUGUAGGUAUUUCAAAUUAAGCUGAAAUACCACUGCUCUAAGCCAAUCAAAUUGCAGUAAUUUCUCAUGUAGUAGUAUAACUGAUGAAAUACCAAACUUUGUUGGCCGCGACAAAGAAUGUAAAGCAGUAGAAGACCAUUUAACAGAUGAAGUUACUAGACUGGUUAAUGUCUGGGGUCCACCUGGAUUUGGAAAAACAUCAGUGGCCAUCAGAGUAGCGCAUCACUUACAAGAGAAGAAUAUUCCAGCUUACUUUGUAUCCGUUCGUGGAAUGGAAAGUAAGGAAGAUUUAGUGUCAAAGCUGCUCAGUAUGUUCGCAGACGAUAAACAGGUCGGCCAUAUUUCAUCGUCUCACUUCAGUAUCCAAUGUUUACAGCAAGUUCAGAAUCCGUUUGUCUUGAUAUUCGACAACGCAGAUGAUUUACUGGAAUCUGGAGAUACCAAACGAAAAGAACACGUGCUCCAAUUUAUUGAUGAGAUCCUCACUCACUGCAAACAAAUCAAGCUUCUCUUAACCACUCGCGAAAGUCUAGACUACCUAAAGCACAAGCUACCCAUGUACUCAGAGAAAAUUAAUGUACUGGAUAAAAUUUCGUCAGAAGAUCUAGUACGGCUGCUGCUACCAGAUGCAUCGGAUGAUGACUACAAUUGCAUUGUGAGGGAAUGUGGUAACGUUCCUAUGUCCAUGCGACUGCUGUGCAGCAUCAUUAAGGAAGAAAGUAUCUCCAUUGACGUGCUUUUACAAGAACUGAAUAAUUCAACUCUGGUUGAAGUUUUGGACCAUGAGUACCUUCCAGAUGGUUUUCGGAUAAAAUCUGUAAUUAACACAUCUUUCAAAAGGCUCAUGGUUCGCGAAAGAGACACAUUUGUUUCGCUUUCUGUUUUUCCUGAACGGUUUGGAGUAGAGGAAGCUCAAGCCAUAUUGAAUAAAAAAUCAGAGGUUCAGACCAAACAAAUAAUUCGAUCUUUAGAGCGAAAGUCCCUAAUAGACUGUGGAGAAAAUUUCAGCCAUUUUACAGUCCAUUCACUAUUCCGGUCCUUCAUUCAGGAAGAAACAAAAAAUGAUCAGGCAGUUGAAGCUGUGUUUCGGAAUUCACAAAUUCAAUUCUACGACUAUUACAUUUCUCGCUGUAAAGUUGCUAAUGAACAUUUUCAGAAAGAACGUUACGGCGACGCCUUUAGAGAUUUCCUUGAUCGUCGAAGCAGCAUUAUUUCGUCCCUCUCAAGUGGACCACGAAUAGACAGAAUCUACAGCAAAGUUGUAGAGUUGUUGUCUGAAGUAAAAUCAUUUCUCAGUGUUGCAUUGCAUGAAGAACAAAUGUUACUUGAGCGCCUUUAUGAAACGGCGGUGGAAGAAGCAAAGAGGAGGGGAAAUUUGGGUGAUAAACAAAUGUUGCGGUCUGCCAGAGAAUGUCACACAGCGGAAAGCUUCUUCUGGCUUAGUAGAGUGCAGCGUGAAGGAGGAAACUUGAAAGAAGCAAAGAAAUCUGCAAGAUUAGGCUCACAAAUAAGAAAGGAACUUCUAGGACAUAAUCCUAAUAGAGCGGUUAGCUUUUAUCAUAGAGGAGUUGCCUAUAAAGUUAUGGGGGAUAAUGAUACACUCGUUGAAGCAUUCCAAAAGGCAAAAGACGUAGCAAACCUGCAACAACCCAGCUACUACAACGUUCCAACGACGGAGGUGUGCAGCAAAAAAUACCAUGAAGGAUAUAUGGGCGGUUUACAAUACGAAGCAUACAUGAGACUUCAUUUGGACGGUGUUAACGAAGAAACAGCGAGCUGCUUCCUCCGGCUGGCUAGAAAUCAGCGAGUAGCGGGGAACCUGACAGGAGCAUUAGAGUCUUUAAAAGUGCAUUUACAGCUAAGACAGCAACUUUCAGGAGGUCAUUCCAAUACAGCCGACCACUUUUAUGAGCAAGGCACUAUUCUUUUUGCCAUGGGUGAUUUUACGUCUGCUGUUGAGGCACUUCAGAAAGCAGCAGAACUGAAUUUCAAUCUGCGCAGAGAUCACAUAAACACGGCACUUAGUUACUUGAGCCUUGGUAUUGCACAGAAGGAGAUACAGGACCACGAGGGAGCUUUGGACUCUUUACGAAAAGCAUUAUGUAUGCAAUCACAUCUACUUGGUGAUCACGAACACACGGCGUACAACUACCACAAGCUUGGAUUAGUGCAGCGAGACAUGGGAGACCUUAAAGGAGCUUUGGACUCUUUACAAAAAGCAGCAAACAUGAGAGCAAGGGUGCUUGGUGAUCACAAGGACACAGCUUCCAGCUUUUUUGAGCUUGGUGUAGUGCAGAAGAAAGUGAAAGACCAGAAAAGCGCCUUGGAGUCUGUACAGGAAAGCUUGCGAUUGAGGAACGUACUUUUAGGAGAUUUCCCUAAUACAGCCGACAGUUUGUAUGAGCAAGGCAUUCUCCAUUGUAUUAUGGGUGAUAGAAAGUCAGCUGUCGAGGCACUACAGAAAGCCGCAGAUAUAAAUUUUAAUUUCCGCAAGGAUCACAUAAACACGGCACGUAACUACCACAGCCUCGGUAUUGCACAGGAAUUGGUGGGGGACCACGAGGGAGCUUUGGGCUCUUUUCAAAAAGCAGCAUGUAUGCAAUCAUAUCUGCUUGGCGAUUACGAAGACACGGCGUCCAGCUACCACAACCUUGGUUUAGUACAGCGUGAAAUGGAAGACCUUAAAAAAGCUUUGGACUCGUUACAAAAAGCAGCGAACAUGAGAUCAAAGUCGCUUGGUGAUCACGAAGACACUGCCAGAAGCUACCAUGAGCUUGGUGUUGUGCAACAUGUAAUGGGAGACUUGAAAGGAGCAUUGAAAUCUUUGCAAAAAGCAUUAGACAUGCGAACUAAUCUGCUUGGUGAUCACGCAGAUACGAUGAGCAGCUUAAAUGAAUUAUGUGCCGUGCAGAAAAAAUUG